GGCCAGGGGCAGACUGACCAUUUGGAAACUCGGGCACUGCCCGAGGGCCCGGGGUCAGUAGGGGGCCCCAUGAGAUGCCCCUGGUACCUUUUUCAUAGGCUUUUUUGAGUUUGGGCAAGGAUACAGGGGCCCCAUGAUCCCCUAUUGCCCGGGGGCCCCAUGAGUUGUCAGUCCGCCCCUGGUCUUGGCUAUCCUGGAACUCCCUCUUCUCACUGGAAGCAGGGGAGGACUGAGAUUUGGCAUCUUGCCCGAAAGGGGGCCCCAAGAGAUGCCCCUGGUACCUUUUUCAUAGGCUUUUUUGAGUUUGGGCAAGGACACAGGGGCCACAUGAUCCCCUAUUGCCCGGGGGCCCCA